AUGGAGCAGGAUUCGGCGAGUCAUGGGCGACCGAGGCAAGAAACUGGGGAUUUUGACGUCAUUCGGUAUACCCUCUCCUCUCUCCAAUUGGAUGAUUACUCUACAACCUGGACUCCACCCAAUCUCGGCGGUCUCACUGGUUCGGCUCAUGCGUCAAACGGCUCUUUGGCAGCUCGUGGUGCCUCUGAGGGGGCCAUCAAUGGCAAUGGCACGGCGCAGAGAAAGGAUGCAUCCAAUGCGGGUCAGCCAGAGAUGAGUGAAUGUCCCUUUCCGAUAAAUGAUCCAAGGAUGAUGCGCGCUGUUCUUACGAUUCAAAGAGCAUUUCGGAACAGCAAGCGUCGACGCAACGCGCUGCCUGCGGGGACGGUCACCGCUGCCACAAAGAUUCAGGCUGCAUUCCGCGGCUUCAAGUCGCGAAAGGAGACAUUGCUCCGUCUUCAAACUCAUAAUACCUUUCUGCAAAACGAGUUGUGCAACCGUGAUGCAUGCCUAGCCCGAAGCACCGCCGAGCUUCAAUUGCGAGCGGGCAUGAUUGACCAAUUUGGAAAGUCCAUCACUUCCUUGCGGAGACAGGUGGCGGAUAGCACCGCUUCGUAUGAAAUGAAGUUGGAGGUGAAGGACAAGCAGAUCGAGCAGCUAGACAGUGAGCUGAGAGCAGCACUGAGGACUACGAGCGAUCUCAAAUAUCGGUUGGAGAGCAACGCUGUUGAGUAUGCAAAGAUGGCCUGGGAUCUAAAAGAAAAGGAUUCGGAUAGCGGUCAUCAGUAUAUCCUCUCCCUUCAGCGGGAACUUGAGAACUGUCGCUCCCAACUCUCUGAAAUGCGUUCCACCAAGGAAGCUGACAGCAUCCGGCUUUCAUUAAAGGAUAAAGAAAUUCAAGAACUCCGCUUGCAAAUGCAAGAAGCGAGACGGUCCCUCGAGUCCGAACUUGCGACACGCAACGCAGAAAUUGAUGAGCUUAGAGGGCUGGUGGCGAGAUUUCCACCAGACGCCUUCGCAAAAGCAGACGCCAACUCCAAUUGA